UCCUUGUGUGCAUUGUGUGAGACAUUUAACAUACACACACACACACACACAGACAAAAGUGAAAGUUCCCAACACAUACAUACAGUAUAAUGCAAGUUUGAAUGGUUCAACCAGCCGGGGUAUUUUUAACUUUCACCUCUGAUACUAUCAGAUCUUGUGGUUGAAGACAAAGCGAUAUUGGGAAGCUUUUUCCCUUUCAUUCAUAGUGAUUCAGCAUGACUCAGUUCAUCUGAGUCAAGUUAAAUUUGGUCUAGAAGACUUGAUCAAACUAGUGGUCUUCCAAUAAAUGCACGUUUUAACGUUGAACUUCCUCUUGCACCCUCUGACUCAAAUGUUCAUUGUAACUGUUCAUCUUUGAUAGGUAUUUUUAUACUGUGGCAGCUCUUGAGAACGCUUUCUGGGUCAGGUCAAGUUCUUCGCUGAGUUUUGUAGGUGCUGACCUGGUUUGAGAAGGUGAUUAAGCCCUUUGGAAGAGUGGGUUAUACUUUGUCAUGGUAAAACGUGUUUCGGUAAAUGUCAACGAUCACGUAAGUUAUUAGUAACCUCUGCACUAAAUUUGCAGGGGGACUUGAGAAAAGAUUUUUUUUUUAAUUUUUUUUUUUACAUAUAUUUAACUUUUUGUUUGUGAUUUAGGAUGAAUGCAUGUCUAACGUCAUCUUAAAUCAUUUUAGUUUUCAAAUAAUGAAUGAUGGGAUAUUUUGUGGCCUUCAAAUAGUCUAAAUUUGUCGAACAUACAAAUUUAAAGUAUAUAUACUAGAUAAUAUUGUGUAGUUAAUCUGAAAUACUUUAUAAUUAUUUUUUGAACAAAGAAACUGAGAAUAUUUUAUUACAGCACUGACACCAUCAUUUUAACGUUCUAUAUGGUUUAAAAAAAUUCUCACAGUAUUUUUCCAAUAGCUAAACAGUUUCAAGACAGUUCACUAUUCACAUCAAAGGAAAUGCUGUAGGUUUGAAUGCAUUGCAACACAUAUUACGCUCUUGCAACCUAGAUUUCGUCGUCCAGUAAUUGAUCUGCACAAGGCUUUCGUCUCUAGAAUACAAAACCACAUAGGCCAACAGGUGACUGAACUCACAAGGAAAAAUGAGGGCCGAGCCAGCAUGCAAUCCUCAGCAUUUGAGGUUAAAAAGAAACUCCGUCACAAGUGUGGGAAUUUUUUUUUGACAAAGGAUGGAGCUAUAAAAGCUAUGAAUGUCAGUGGUUGUUUAAAGCACACCGAGCUACUGUACAGACUUUACGAUACGUUUCAACCCUCUCUGAAACCGAACCAGGAUGCGGAUUGUAACCUUGCUCGCCCUCUGUGCUGUCCUGUGCUGCUCUCAAGGCCACAAGCAGGAAGAGUGCUUGAACCAGCAGAUCCUUCCACCUAUGAUCAAAGACAUGAUGGAGACUUCAGAACUCAUCCAGAAAUAUCUACCUAGGGACAAUGCACCCUACCACCGAAUAUUAGAAAAACUUGCUCAAAAAAGGUGCUCAAGGAAACUGAAUGUUGCUGACUUCAAACGCAUCCUGGAAAUCUAUGAUGAACAUGUAUUCCAAAAGUUGUGGAAGAACAACACUCAUCAGCUGCCAAAAAUGUUUAUGGCUUCUUUCGCAAGGCUGAAGGACAGGGUGGAGAUCUGUGAGACUAAAGGCAAAAAAACUCUUUCACGUUGCGCAAGAGUGAAUCUUAAAACAAUCGAAGACAAACUUAAGAUGCUGCAGCCAAAUGGUCUCUUCAAAGCACAGAGAGAGUUUAGCAGUGUUUUGGUCUGGAUCAGUAAUGCCAUGGAUAAGAGCAGAACACAUGAGAUCCACUAGCUCUCCACACUGGCACAGAGGAAUCAGGAUUCAGUAUGGAGGCAAAUGCAUUUCUACACACCCAUCCACAGCCAGACACACACACACACACACACCCUGCAGUCGAGGAACCAGGUUCAAAUGAACACAAAUACCAUAAAAAACACUAUCAUUUCCUCUAUCAGUUAUCAACAGACUACUUCCAAAGAAAUGUAUUUGAUUUCCAGACUACACCAGCCAUCAAGUCACAUCCUAGGAUUGGCCUCCCUUUUCAAGGUUAAUUUAACAAAUAUCAGGGAAGCUAUGGCAAUUUUUCACAUAGCAAAUAUACCUAAUGCUUACAUGCAUUGGUUAGACAAGCCAUGGUUACAGAGCUUUUGCAUCAUUUUGGUAACGGCAUUAUGAAAAAAUGUUUUUUAUAUAAAAUGCAUUAGAGUUUAAAGGAUACAGAGUAAUAUAGAAUAAUUGAA